AUGGCGGUAUUCGUGGUGUUCGCGGCGCACUACGAUGGUGCUCGUGGUGUUGGUUUUUCUUCUAUUCUCCAGAGAAACGAAAAUAUGCCAUCUUCCACACGACCUCCUGUUUUUAGCGGUGUUAAUUACACCUUCUGGAAACAGAGGAUGCGCAUCUACCUUCAGAAUACUGAUUGGAAGGUGUGGAGGAUUGUCUCUAAGGGAAACUAUGUCCCUAUGAGAAUUGAGGGUGCAGCUAGGGUUCCUAAGACUGAGGAUGAAUAUGAUGAUGAUGAUAUGAAAGCCGUUAGUCUUAAUGCCACUGCUAUGAAUAUUUUAUAUUGUAGUCUUGAUGUGAAUGAAUUUAACAGGAUUAUGGCAUGUUCAACUGCAAAAGAAAUAUGGGAUAAAUUAGAGGUUACAUAUGAGGGUACUAGAGAUGUGAAAGACAGUAGGAUAGAUAUGUUGACCAGUGAGUAUGAGGCCUUUAGGAUGAAUGUAGGUGAGUCCAUUCAGAGCAUGUACACUAGAUUCACACACAUCAUAAACUCACUGCAUGCAUUAGGAAAGACAUAUCCCACAUAUGAAAUGAUCAGGAAGAUCCUUAGAGGCUUGCCUCCUGUUUGGGAAGCUAAGGCUACGGCCAUUGCUGAGGGUAGAGACCUUAAGGCCAUGAGCUUAGACGAAUUGAUAGGUUCCUUAAUCACUUAUGAACUGUCCGACCGGUGGUACUUAGACAGUGGGUGCUCACGACACAUGACCGGUGACAAGGGAAAAUUCACUUCAGUUGUUCCCAAGGAUGGAGGCUACGUGACAUUUGGUGACAAUGCCAAAGGACGCAUCGUCGGGGUAGGUAAGGUUGGUAAGGAUUCCUCUCCUACUAUCGAUAAUGUUCUGUUGGUUGAUGGAUUGAAACAUAAUCUACUUAGCAUAAGUCAAUUGUGUGAUAUAGGAUAUAAAGUAUCAUUUGAGAAUGACAAAUGCAUAGUAGAAAAUAAAACAGACCACAAAGUACUCUUUACUGCUGAGAGACAUGAAAAUGUUUACACUACAUCUCUUGAUAUUUUAGCUUCGCAACAAGUAACAUGUUUUUCUGCUAUAAAUGAAGCUAGUUGGUUGUGGCAUAGGCGUUUGGGGCAUGCUAGCAUGGACUUGUUGUCUAAACUUGUUAGAAAAGAAUUGGUUAAAGGGUUGCCUAAAAUGUCUUUUGUAAAGGACAAAAUUUGUGAUGCAUGUCAAAUGGGUAAGCAAACAAAAUCUAGUUUUAAGAAAAAGAAAUUCAUAUCUACUACUAGACCAUUGGAGUUGCUUCACCUAGAUUUAUUUGGGCCUAAUUCUGUGCAAAGUCUUGGUGGAAAAUCUUAUGCUUUUGUAAUUGUGGACGAUUUUUCUAGAUUCACAUGGGUGUUAUUUCUUGCACAUAAAAAUGAAUCAUGUGAACAUUUCACCAAACUUUGCAGGAGAAUUCAGAAUGAAAAAGGAUAUAAAAUCACUCACAUAAGAAGUGAUAGAGGCACGGAAUUCAAAAAUGAAAGCAUAGAAAAAUAUUGUGACUUAGAAGGUAUAUCUCAUAAUUUUUCUGCACCUAGGACACCUCAACAAAAUGGUGUAGUUGAAAGAAAGAAUAGGUCACUACAAGAAAUGGGAAGAACUAUGUUGAAUGAGCAUAACUUACCUAAAUAUUUUUGGGCCGAGGCCAUUAAUACCGCAUGCUAUGUUAUGAAUAGGGUGUUGAUUAGACCAUCAAUUAAUAAAACUCCUUAUGAAUUGUGGAACAACCAUAAGCCUAAUAUUUCCUAUUUUCAUGUAUUUGGUUGUAAAUGCUUUGUGCUUAGAGAUAACGAGCAUCUAGGAAAAUUUGACUCUAAAUCUGAUGAAGGCAUCUUCCUAGGCUAUGCACUUAAUAGUAAAGCAUAUAGAGUUUUCAAUAAAAGAACUUUAGCUGUAAUUGAAUCCAUUCAUGUUGUAUUUGAUGAUUGGAAAUACAUUAGAAGUCAUCCUAUAGAUCAAAUCAUAGGCGAACCAUCCCGUGCUAGAUUAGAAGCCAUUCGUAUGCUACUUGCCUUUGCCGCUUUUAAAAAUUUUAAAUUGUUUCAAAUGGAUGUUAAAAGCGCAUUUUUAAAUGGCUACAUCAAUGAAGAGGUAUAUGUAGAACAACCACCCGGUUUUGAGAAUCAUAAAUAUCCCGAUCAUGUUUACCGGUUGUCUAAAGCCCUGUAUGGAUUGAAACAAGCUCCUAGAGCUUGGUAUGAGAGGCUUAGUGGUUUUCUAUUAGAAAAUGAGUUUACCUGUGGCAAGAUUGACACUACACUUUUCAUCAAGUCCAAAAAUGAUGAUAUGCUCCUCGUUCAGAUUUAUGUGGAUGAUAUCAUUUUUGGAGCAACCAAUGAUGAGUUGUGUAAUGAGUUUGCCAAAUGCAUGCAAAGUGAGUUUGAAAUGAGCAUGAUGGGUGAACUUAGUUUCUUCUUAGGUCUACAAAUUAAGCAAGCUAAUCAUGGAACUUUCAUAUUCCAAUCUAAAUACAUAAGGGACUUGCUAAAGAAAUUUAAUAUGGAAGAUUGUAAAAUUCUUGGCACACCUAUGAACUCUUCCAUAAAACUUGAUAAAGAUGAACAAGGGAUCCCUAUUGAUGUAAAAUUAUACCGUGGCAUGAUUGGAAGUCUCCUAUACCUCACUGCUAGUAGGCCUGAUAUUAUGUUUAGUGUGUGCAUGUGUGCUAGAUUUCAGGCUAACCCUAAGGAAUCUCAUCUGAAAGCUAUUAAACGAAUCCUUAGGUAUCUAGUUGGAGCUAUAGAGUUAGGACUUUGGUACCCUAAGCAUACUACUUUUGAGAUUGUCAGUUACACUGAUGCUGACUUUGCCGGUAGUAAGGUUGAUAGAAAAAGCACUAGCGGCACUUGCCAUUACUUAGGACAAUCUCUUGUUUCUUGGUUCUCCAAGAAACAAAACUCAGUUGCCUUAUCCACCGCCGAAGCUGAAUAUAUUGCAGCUGGAAGUUGUUGUGCCCAAAUUCUUUAUAUGAAACAACAACUUGUGGAUUUUGGAUUGCACUAUGAAACAAUACCGAUUAAAUGUGAUAAUACUAGUGCAAUCAACAUCUCUAAAAAUCCUAUCUCACAUUCACGAACUAAACACAUUGAGAUUAGACAUCAUUUCCUUCGUGAUCAUGUGCAAAAAGGGGAUGUAGCUCUUGAGUUUGUAUGCACAAAUGAACAGUGGGCCGAUAUAUUCACUAAGCCACUACCUGAGGAUAGAUUUAUACAAAUUAGACGGGAGUUAGGCUUAAUGCAUAAUAGAGAAGCUUUAUAA